AUGCUGGUAUUAGCCACUACCGGUUUUAGCGUUUCUCCAAAGCGGCAGCUUCAAACAAGUCUACGUUCUGCACAAUCUCCCGUCACCACAUUAUGGCAAAAGGUUGUUGCAAAUUAUGACGACGAAAUGUUCAAGUUGUUGGACGAUGAAAUGGAUAUGGGAGGCAGUAACAAGAAGCUAGGAAUCAACUUUGGUUCUCAGCUGAUUCCAAUGAGCGAACAAGAACGACUUGAACUGCGAGAAGAUGUCAGACAUAUCAUUGACGAACAAGUCACCAAAGGCUUGGCAGAUUUGGGAAAACUCCGAGAAAGAUGGAUACGAAACAAUCAAGAACGAAAUGAUUCUUUGGAACAAGUCAUGAACAUGAAUGGAGUUCGAGAAACUGAAAAACUAAACGUGAAGCUCGACACCAUGGUUGGCAAGUUCCUCAGUGAGACAUCGGAAUCUCGCGAAAGAACCCACCACAUGGCCUGGGUGGCAGAAGAAAUGGCCAAAGAAUUAGAACGAGAGAAAAAGAGAAAGGAAAAGGCCAAACAUACAACAUACACAUGGGAUGAUACCAAUAACGAAUGGGAUGAUUGGGACGAUUGGAAAACUUGUGGUUAG